AUGAUGGGGAAAGUGCUGUUAUUUCUGUGUGUGUUCUCGACCUGUUCAAUGCUUUCUGCUGGCGAAGACCUCGUUGAAGUGACGGUUUUGGUGCCUUAUGGUGUACCCUGCAGAGACCGACACAGUACCGAGCAUCUUUGUCCGCGGCUGGCGUCAUCUGUGAAAGACGCAAUGAAGAAAGGAUGUAAAGAGAGUUCGGAAGAUGAUGCCAAAAAGACCGCUGGAGACUCUUGUCCUGUGCAGCUCAACAUAACUGGGGAAACUCCAACUUACUACACGUGUACCAGAGGUACCCUGGAGGAAAUUAUAAAGAAGCAAGAGGAGCUUCAGAAAUCUGUGCUCAGUGCACCUGGCCACGACUGUAGCAAACUGCCCUUACACAUUGUACUCGUUUCAAGCCAGGAGCACAAACAGGCUGCUACCGUAUCAGCACCAGCACGAGCAAGUACUGAGAAGGAAUCUAAAGAGAAACCCAAAGAGAAGCCCACGACCGAAACAUCAGAUAAUGUGACCGAAAAAGUUGGCCAAGAGAAGCCGACCAUUAAGGGACCACAGACUAAAACUGAAAAAGCAGUGGAUAUGAAAUCGACUGAGCCGCAGAGUAACCAAAACAGUGGAUCCAUACCGACCAUAUUUGGUGGUCGUUGUUUUUUUAUUCCUUUUUUAUACAGCACGUUACUUUGA